GAGGUACAGUUUGGUGUUUGCAGUGUGGCGAGCAGGAAAUGUGGAGGUGACAGUGAAGGGUGCGGUGAUGUGAGUGGGAAAUAGUCGCCGCUUGUUGGGUAAUUGGUGUCUGCCAUUCCUGCUAGUGUCUUGCCCUUCACUCACUUACGUAAUAAGUUUUUGCUUAGUAUUCUGCUUCACGAGCUUAAUGUUAUGCCUGCAAGUGUGCUGUGUAGGCUGUGUAACCACUCAUGACCUGUCACUUUAAGGGGAAACAAGUGUAAUGCUGACUUGGAAAUACCGGUACAACAUUAGUGCUAGUACAGGAGAUAGGCGUUCACUGACUACAUAAGGAGCUGCUGUUGUAACAGAUGGCUGAUGUGUAUACAAACCCUGAGAAGCAUGUCGUCCUCAGCAACAAUGUCAAGAUGCCUAUUCUUGGCUUAGGGACAUCCCAUGAUGGUGGCUACAGCCACGAGGCAGUGGUGUAUGCACUCAAGAACUGCGGGUAUCGGCACAUUGACACAGCAAAGCGCUAUGGCUGUGAGAGGUACAUUGCUCAAGCAGUCAAGGCUUCAGGUGUGCCUCGAGAGGAGAUCUUCCUUGCCACCAAGUGCUGGCCCACAGACUAUGGCACCACCACCACCAAGGAAGCCCUUUUGGGGUCAUGUGAGAGACUAGCUGUGGAUUAUUUAGACAUGUACUUGAUGCACUGGCCUGAGGUGAGCUCGGGGGUGAAGGACAGAAAACAGCUGCUGCAGGAGACGUGGCGAGCUCUUGAGGUGUUGUUAGAUGAAGAGCGAGUCAGAGUGAUUGGGGUGAGUAACUUCCUUGAGCGGCACCUGGAGAUGAUCCUGGAGGAGUGUUCGGUGGUGCCACAUGUCAACCAGUGUGAGUUCCACCCGUUCAACAACCCCAAGGUGCUGCGCCAGUUCUGUGCUGACAGGAAUAUACAAUUUGAGGGCUUUUCCCCACUUGCUAAGGGUUUGGCCCUCAGGCAGCCCAGUGUGAUCACCAUUGCUGGGUCGCACGAGAAGACUCCCUCUCAGGUGCUAAUCCGAUGGAGUUUGCAGAGUAACGUCCCUUCCAUCCCAAAAUCUACUAAGCUUGAGCGUGUGAUGGAUAAUUCAAAGGUGUAUGACUUUGCUUUAACCCAAGAGGACAUGAUGACUCUGGAUAACAUGAAGCAGAGCCUGACCUGCAUGGACUGGAGCUCCAUACAGACCAAGAUAGACAAUCCCCUGCCUGAUGGGUAUAAACUAAAAAUAGUCAAGCCUCCACUAGAACCAUGAGAACUGUUGGUAUUAUAGCAGCGUUUUUCUUUUUUCUUGUCUUUUCCUCUGCAUUCAUGAUCAGUGUACUUAUUUUUACACCUACGAGUAUAUGUUUCAGCAAACAUUAGGAAACCUUUUUAUAAGAACAGCUCUGAGAGUAUCUUCUAAUGUAUCAGGCUGACUUCUCUGCAAAGGGCAUUGGUGAGAUAGAGCACUCGUCCUUCCACCCACACAUUCAUACAUUCUUUAAGACUUAAAUGAAAUUUGCUUUAGCUCUAGAGCCUCUACUUGAUGAGAGGACAAAUACUUGUUAAAACCGUCCUUGCAUGAAUGGUUGCGUAAUCACAUCCAGGUCCUCACUGGAUCAGGGUGUGACAGCAAAAUAGGAUUACCCUUGCUAUGUUUUAAUGACAGCAAAAUAGGAUUACCCCUGCUAUGUUUUAAUAGACCCAUGCCCUUUCCCAUAGAAGAAUACUGCCACCAUAUUUCCUGUGUCAAAAAAAAAGGACUUGGAAUACCUAUACAGUCUGCAUGGAAAGUUAAGAUUAUAUAGAGAUUCAUGGCUAAGGGUGAGUUCACUUGUAUCAUGAAACCUCUGGUUGCUGAUCCAUUGACAACUAUGGUGUAUUGACAAAAAUAAUGGCAACACUGUUGCAGUCCUGCCACACAGUGUUGCCAAGACUUGAUUAGCAACCAGAGAUUUCAUGAUACAAGUGAACUCACCCUUAGCCAUGGAUAAAAAAAAUGUGAUUAAUCUGUUUGCCUGCAGUUCAGCAAACUAAUUUUCGUUGCAGAAUGUAGCUCAGAUAAGGCAUGUAUGUCUAUUGUUUCACUUAAAGGAAAUGUCAGCCUGGUAUGUAAGGUCUGUUUUAAGAUUAUAUGACCUUAGGCCAAAGGAUUUAAGCAGCCCAUUCUUCACACCCAAUUCAGAAUUUCUUGGCAAAGCACUGAAUUCCUGAGAUUGGCCAGGCUCUUUACUCUCCAGGUAUGGGCACUUUGUUUCCAUAGGCUGAAGAUGUAGCUGAAAAACACCCUGAUUUCAGAACCAAGGCCAUACAGAAUGAGAUGGUGCACUUGGUAGCCAGUCUUGAACAGGACUUCCAGAAAGGUUUCCAGAAAUUUGAAGGAUGAAUGGGCUAAGUGUGUAUAGUCAAAAUUAUCCUGCUUUGGAGGGCAUUAGAACUUGAACACAAAACAUAAGCCACUUUUCUCCUGUAGUUUAAGGCGAGAUCCUUUAUAACAGAUCACGUAUAGAAGAGUCAAGCCACAUAUGAUGUGUUCUGAAAGACCUUUACCUUUUUUUCCCUUAGGCUAAGGGAGAAGAGUGAUUUAUUUUUUGGGGGGUUCUAACUUUAAUUCCCUUCCAGGUAAUUCCCUUCCAGGUGUGUCCCUUGUAACUCCAUACUUAGGGGACUGAUCCUUCUAAGUAUUGUUGUGGAAUGAUGACCAGGUGUAAAAUUGUGUUUUGCAAGAUGUACUACUGAUUCUCCUGAACGGGUUCUUUCAGCAGCAUCUUAGGCUAAAGAACACAAAGUUGUCUGGCAAGUAGGAAGAAUUGUGGGCCUGAAGAAUUCAGUGCUUGGCAAAGGAAUCCUGGAACUAGUGUUACAAAGGGUUGAGACUAGACCUGCAGAAAUAUGGCAGCUAACAGUUGUAACAUGACAGCGUCCCAGCCCAUUGUCUCUCUUGGUUAAGGACUGAAUGUCUCAGGGUCGCCAGGCUCCCUACUUGCCAGACAUGCCUCCUUGUAAUACAUGGCUGUUUGUUCCUUGGGCUGAGGAUAUUGGUGAAAAGCACCCUUAUUUGAGAACUGAGGUGACACUGUGCAUUGUGUUAUGAUGCAUCUGGUAGCCAUUCCAGAAAAGAAUUUAUGAAUUAACAGCAAUGGAAAGACUGAUGGACGAAGUAAAUUAUCCUCUCUGAUGACAUCACAAUUGCAAUACAAGAGUAAAGAAAAAAAUUUUUAGUCCAUUGGCCUGAGGCUGUUACUUUUGAAAAGACCUUGUAUAGAGAACAGCUGCAUCAUAAACGUCAUCUGUUCAAGAAGUAUUUGACCUUAGGCCAGGGAACAAAAAAAAGACUUGCUUAAACUUUGGGUUAUGGGUUUGCUUUAAGACUUAGACACACUUUUUACUUUUGGUCGUCCUAUUGCUGGAAACUUUUUUUUUUUGUCCUCCAGAACUAUGAGCGACUUAUUGACUGAAAAAUGACCCUUUUCAGCAGCAUAUAACACAACCUUAUAAUACACACAAGGUCAUGUCUGGAAAGUGAACCCGAGUAAUCUUGUGCUUGGUAAAAGUGCCCAGAUGACCUGUGGGAGUCUGAUGCAUCACACCACCACCCUUGCCCAUUCUUUGCACCUGGUCCAGCAUUCCUUGACCAAGCAGUGAAUUCUUCAGUUUGGUAAGGCUCCCUAUGUUUCAGAGAUGGUUCAUUGUGAUUCCUGGCUGCCUUAUAAUCUCAUGCUGCUUAUAGUUCUGAUUUGAGAAUGAAGGACACUGCAAAAUGUGACCAUGCAAUUCUGGAAUGGUUUUACAAAAUGUUCCCAGCAACAGGAGCAAUGGACGAAGUGUGUGUAGUGAUGACAUGUUUUAUCCAAUGGCCAAAGGAUGAAUAUUUUUUUUUAACAGUUGAUUUCACUUACAAAAGCCUUUUUUUUUUUUUUUAUGUGAAAUUGAUAUUGAUAUAGAAAUGGUGCAAACUUGUAGUCUCCUACAAACACAAACAUUUAGACAAUUGUUUUAUUUAGUAAACAGAAAACCCAUCAAGUAUUAAUUAAAUUAAGCUGUCCAUUACUUAAGUUAAUUUGAAAACUUCAAUGGUCACAUAACAUUAGGCACAAAUGAUUGUAUUUAUGAAUUAUUUUAUAUAAAAUAAUAUAUAUGUUCCAUAUAAAUUAAAAUCUAUGCUACUUUGUAUUUUUACACUGUUAGUGCUUUUAAAAUUUUGGAAGGAGCAUUUUGUCGGCCCACUGAUGCUGAAAUAAUCAUCAUCAGAUGUUAGCAAUGUGAUGUAUGUAUUGUUGUGCUUCUCAAAUAAAAUAAAAUGGCUAUUCUU